AUGAAUGAAAACGACACCGACGGGCAGUAUGGUGGUUUGGGUGGAGCGAUAUACAACCGCGGAGAAAUCACCGUGGAGGGCGAGAGCCUUUUCUCCGAGAACAGGUCCUCGGACGGCGGAGGGAUCUACCAGACAUCUAUUGGCAUCAUGACGUUCAACAGCAUGGCCACUUUCUUCCAUAACGUUGCCGAAAAUCUGCGCGGUGGCGGUCUGAUGAACGAUGGUGGUGUCGUCAACAUCAACGCCGGUAGUCUCUUUGAGCAAAACUUUGCCGCGGCAAACGCUGACGGUGGACGCGGUGGAGCAAUUCACAACAGAAAUGGAGGGGUGGUGACGUUGAUGGGGCCAACAACGUUUAGAGAGAACGGGGCCUGGUGGGGUGGAGCAAUUUAUACCGACGAUGGCUAUCCCGCGUCCGUUACCACGUUCCCCGAUGACACGGUGUUCGAAGACAACAGCGCGGACGCGUACUGCCCGGAUGUGCACAACGGUGACGACAACAACUGCCCGGUAGUGUAAACCACCAACCAGCUGGUGAUGGGCGAGCAUCAGGAUGAAGAGUUGUUGAGCAACAAGAGUUGUUGUGGUGUCGGGGGAUCUUGUGAUGUCGUGAGUUUUUCCCCACCGUUCGAAGGUGAUCGCCUGCGAUUGAGGCUUCGUGUAAUAAUCCCCCCAUGCUUAGAAUGCAACGUGUCACAGCAAGCAGGACGCGGGGGAGGAGGUUCGGAUCGAAGAAAGAUGUGUUAUAUGCGCAGCGGCGUUGUGCAUGUUUUUAGAAAGUAAACAUAACCUCACAGAAAGACUAUCCGUUCGAGACAUAACCUCAGUCGAAAGGGACGUGGUGAAGUCUUUGCAUGUUGUUGCCCGCAAACGGGUAGUUUCAGUAGUGGUACGACACCGUCAAAAGAUUCCAGGUGUGAGGUGCGGCAUGCGCAUGUCUUCCGACCACUCCACAAGAUAUGACUCGUGACGUGGCACAAGCUAGUUUGUCUGGAGGGGGUGAGGUUUCAACAUCCUCGGCGAAGGCACUAGAAGAGCAGAGGGGUAAUUCCUGCAAUAUGGACGGCACAGAUGCGGAGUAGCCGAAAUGGUAAAGUCCUUACUUACUAUUGAUGUCAUUGGUUAGAGCGACGCACAUGUAGUAUCGUUGUAAGUCAAGCGCCAAUGUAUCAUGUGUGUCUCCGCAAACCGAAGCAGGAGAGGC